UAUUCGUGUGAUUCACGGAAGGACAUCGCAAUAAUUACAUUGAACAUGACAGCCCCGCCACACACGAUGCAGCUGGGUGACACUCUGGGUGACUUCACCUCCGCAGAUUCAAGUUCCGAUUACCUAUCACGACAAAUUAAUUACUUAUAUCGACGCCUGUGCGAGACAAAUAAGGAUUUAACUGUCAUGCAACAAGAAUACGAAUCAAUUUCCCAACAAUAUGAAGAAUUCGUCAGUUUGAAAACACAAUUGCCACCCCUGCAAUACCAAUAUCAACAUAACCAACAGAAUUACAUAAUUGGAACAGAAAUAUGUCAUCAAGAAGAUACUGUAGGAAAAAUAUUGGAUGAGAAGGUUGCAUACGUAAAGGAGCUUUCGCUUGCCUUUACGAGGAAGAUGACGGACAUAAUGCCGCUAAUGACGACCGUUCACUCCCAAGUGCUGUUCGAUGAUCUCAUGCAGUGGAAGCGGGAGCAGCGACUGCAAGGCAACGGCGCCAAGUUGGUUCGAAAUCUCAACAAAAUUCAAGGAUGGUGUGAACAUUUAACUGAAAUUAUUUGGUCAUGUCGGCAACAAAUCGGCCAAGUAGAGGUAGUGCUCAAAAAAUUAGGUUUUAGUAUCCCUGAGGCAUGCGAGGCACUACCUUACCUUCAAAGCCAGAGCAACCAGCUCCUGUCUUCUCUAGUUACAAGUACAUUCGUAAUAGAGAAACAACCUCAACAAGUUAUUAAAACUAACACAAGAAUAACUUCAACAGUGCGCCUUCUUGUUGGAGGAAUGUUGAAUAUACGUGAAAAUCCUCCCAAGGUUUCAGUCACUAUUAUCAAUGAAGCGCAGGCAAGAUCUUUUCUGAAGGACAAGAAGAAAUUUGGAGGUGAUAAUUCUGGAGAUAUUCCAGACAAUACUGGCGUAAUGGAGUUUGAUGAAUCAACAAAAUCUCUCUCUGUACAUUUCAAGAAUUUAAGACUAAAGAAGAUUAGGAGAACAGAAAAGAAAGGUUCUGAAACCGUGUGGACACUCUCUUUGCCCGUUGUCGUCGUUGUUCACGGGAGUCAAGAUCCCCCUGCCUGGGGAACCGUGACCUGGGACAACGCGUUUGCAAUACCAGGGCGACUUCCCUUCAGUGUGCCUGAGCAAACGACUUGGGACCAAGUGGAAGGUGCUAUCAAAAUGAAGUUUAUGGGAGUUACUGGCUGUUCUCUUUCAGACGAGAAUCUAAAAUAUUUGGCGGAGAAACUUUUCGGGACCCCAUCAACGGAAUACGGUCGCACGAUGGUAAGUUUUUCACGGCUCUGCAAGGAAACUCUGCCCCAAAGAACCUUCACUUUUUGGGAAUGGUUUUACGCUGUGAUGAAACUAACACGAGAGCAUCUUCGUGAUCUUUGGCAUGACGGCUACAUUUUGGGCUUUGUUCGCAAAAAGGAUGCUGAAGAUAUGCUGUCUUCCUGCCCCACAGGAACGUUUCUGCUCAGAUUUUCUGAUUCAGAACUGGGUGGAAUAACAAUCGCUUGGGUCGGAGAUAAGAAUGAAGUGUUGAUGCUGCAACCCUUCACCUGCAAGGAUUUUGCCGUUCGUAGUUUGCCAGACAGGAUUUCCGACUUGUCGCAACUUCUAUAUUUGUACCUUCACAUGCCAAAAGAUUUGGCUUUUGGAAAGUAUUACACUCCUUUUGAUGGGAACCCCCCAGUCAACGGGUACGUGAAGCCUUUGCUGGUGACACAUGUGCCUGGCGUGAGCAGCUUCAACUCGCUAAAUUACUCCAGCUCUUCCCAGUUGGAGUCACACUCCCUUAACGACAGUACUCAACAAGAGUCUCCUUCCGUUGCGUGUGCUAAUACGUCUGUUAGCAGUGUGAUGGAUUGCUGAGUGCAGGGCAGAAGUCUGCUAUAUAUCCCUCGACGAACAUGCAGAAGUGAAACUGAAGAAUAUACUGGCAACACAAUAUUAAAAAUUAUGAGUUUGUAUAUUACAAUGGCGGAAAAGGAUUAUUUGUUUAUUGCUUCCGUCAGUUUGAAGUGCAAAAUAGACAUUACCCAAUGUGGUAAUAACCAGCUAUCUGACUAAUAAUAUUUCCCCUCUGUACAUUUUAUUUUGUUCCCAUAUACUA